AUGUCUUUGCACAUCUAUAUCGCCCACUCGGGUGAGCAUUUACUUGCCGACCCGGUGUCGUUUGCCUCGUACGUUGCGUUCCUCUACCUGCGUCUUCCGCCCUUGUGUGCCCGGGCCCUCUCCUGUGCUCUUAAACCUGCCCAAACCCUCCCUCGGCUCUCCGGUGCUCCGGAUGCACUCCGGUCAUGGAUCGCUCGCAAUACGUCAGUUCCAUCUCAGAGGCAGAUCUUGAUGACUGCUGGAGGGAAAAACGUCAAGAUCCAAACACUCGCCACAGAGGACGAAAUAUUUGUAUACGAUCGGCGAUACGUGAAUGAACAGAACAGCGCCGAGCUGCCAGAGCUUCCUCCUCCGCAACCGUUCGACCUCGACAACCCGCCCGAUAUCCUCAAAGACCAGAACGACCUACAGUCAUGGAGGAAUCUUUAUGAGGCUAGAAAGACAUGGGCGUUAACUCUGCUAGAGCGGUGUGAAUCGGUCGACAAGAACAUUCAGGAUUGCAAUGAGCGGACCAACGUUAUCCAUCGUGCCGUUGGCGUAGCUCUAGAGAACCUGAAAACACACGUGGGAACACUGGAGCACCGCUUCCAGGAAGCACAGACCUGGGCGAAUGACUUAUUGAAGGAGCAACAAACGGCGCUCGACGGGUGGAAACGAGCCUUGGCGACUUUAGAGACCAUUCCUGCCCGCAAGGACUUCCCAUUUCUAGGUCGUCCGUCUACGCCGAAGAAAGAGAAAGAGACAGCGACUGGAUCGCUACGUGAAUAUGUGGAUGCGGAAGAAGUACAAAAAGCCGGGUCAGAAGCAGCGGUCGCAUUUUCCCAAUUCGCUCUUCGGGUUCAAGAUGUCGAGAAAGCUGUGGGUGAGAUUGCGUCAGAUACACAACACCUGGUCGAUGGGACUGCGUCCUCGGGUGUUGAUGGCAUGGAGGGUCUUUUACAAGAAGUUGAGACGAUAUCUAAGAAAAUACAAUCCGACUAUGAGCAUGUCUUGGCUCUGCCAAAUAAUCAAAAAACGCUGGCAAACGUUUCAAGACUUGCCUUGAGUCACACCAAAGAUCUUCUGCCGGGGCUCCAAGAUAUCAGUGCUGAAGUCCAAGCUGCCCAGGAGGAAGCGGUCAGACGGUAUAAUGACGCGGUCAAGGCUACCCCUAGUCACAUGCGACACAUUUCCACUUUGGAAUCUCGUCUGUCCGACGUGCAAACCCACAUAAACAACCUCAACCUCCAUAGUGAUGCCUUUGACAUCAUAUACUCCGUUUUCCAUAUGCCCAUGGUCUAUGGGUCCAUUCUCAUCGAGUCUGUGCGACGCCACGAAUUCAGUGAGAAGAUGAAAACCGACUCUCUCACUCUGGCGGAAGAAAUGUCUGUUUUCCGUGAUGAGGAGCAACGUCGAAGAAAGAAAUGGGUCAAGAACAUGGGCGAGUUCAUUUCCAUUUCCGACACGACGACGCCGGGUAUUGAAGUAAACCUCCGAGGCCACGAGAUUCAAUGGCCCACGGUCAACAGGAAGGAAGUUGAAUCAUACAUCAAUGAUCUUAAAUCCAAACCGAGUAUGGCCAGCAUAGCUCAAGACCUGUCCCAGGACUUUAAAGAUUUGGAUACCCCUACCCGCCUACAGCGACGUAGGGCAAAGGCUUUCAAGCAGGGCAGCAUCUUUGAUUUGAGUCGCAGCUCUCUGUUAGUUCGUGGUGACGACAUGGUCCGCAGUUUACGAGAUGAGAAAUCCAAGCUAGAAGAUAAGCUCAAAGGCUCUGAGAGCCGUAUUCGGAAGCUGGAGGAUCUUUUGCAUCGACAGAGUCAUCUGGGCCGCCCGGCAAGCGGUAACUUCACUCUGGACUUUCCGAGCUCUCCAGCAUCCCCUCAUCCCGACCAGCUCUCGAGAAGGUCUUCUGUUUCAUCAAGACGAAUGUCUGCCAAUCAAUCCUCGGAAGAAAAGGCACUUGUGCAGCGCAUUGUCCACCUCGAGACCGAACUCGCAACCGAGCGCGAGAUGGUGCAAAAGCUCCAGAAAGAAGCCCACGCUGAGCGCCAAUCGAACACCGAUAAGAUACAGGAGGCUCACUCAACGAAGAAGGACUUGAUCGGUAAUCUCGAGGCACGGCAGCGAGAGUUCGACGACGAACGGAGGUUUCUGGAAGGAGAAAAGAAGAAAAUCAAGAUCCGGGCCGAGGAGCUUGAGGAAGAGUUGGAUCGGAUCCUGGAUUCGCGUGAACACGAAAAGCAAGAUGCAGACGAGCGGAUACACCAUCUUGAAACUGAACUUCAAGAUGCUCAUAGCCGUGCAGAGAAUGAGAUUCGAAAGGCAGCCCUUCUUAGUGAGCAGAUGCAAAGCUUCACGGAGAAAGAGGAGAGUCUCCAAGCACGCAUUGAUGACCUGGAACAGCAAGCAGCCGUCAGAGAAGAAAGGGACCAAGAGAAUUAUCAUGCGCUGCAGACUACAUUCAUGAAUCUAUCUCCUGGAGGGGUUGUUCCUGACCAACUCCCUGGUAUUAUCAAGACUAUAGAGGUGCUUUCAGAGGGGCUGGCUAUUCAUGCUAAGAAUGCCGAAGAGAAUGCCACGAAAGCAAAUUCGGAAAGUAAGGAACUUGAGGAACGUUUGGGCCAAAUGGAAUCCGAGGCUCAUGAGUUGAGGACGAGUGCCGAGACGCAUGAGACCGAGAUCUCGAGGGUUGGCGAACAACUUGCACAAAAAGAAUCGGAGCUAGCUGCUCUUACAUCCGAGCUAAAUAAUGAGCGUGCAAAGCUGAAGGCACUGCAGUCACAAUUUGACGCAGGUGAGACGGGCUCCGAUGCCCUUCGCGAAAGGGCAGUGGAAGACGAGCGCAAAUUAGCAAGACUGUCACAAAAGGUGGCCGAGUUGGAGACCCAGACGCGUCAAUCGGAUGGCGAAGUCCUGGAAUGGAAACGGAAAUUUGAAGCGCUUUCCGAGUCCGAACAACAGGCUACAGCCCGGGCGGAAGUGUCUGGAUUACGGUCUAAAGAUCUCUCGAAGCAGCUGUUCGACCAAGUGGAGAAGCUGGAGUCUAUGUUGGAGCAUUUGGGAUUUACCGUCAUCCGGCAGGAUGGAAACAUAGUUGUCCAGAGGUCCUCGAAAGUCAACGCUCUUUCGGCCACGGCGGACACACUUGCUCAAUCUGGGAUCGUGUCUGUCAGACCAGACCCGAAUCUUCUCACCUGGAUGGAGGCAGAAAGUGCUGAGGAAGAGACCGACAGGUUUAUGGCAUUUACGGAGUGCCUUGCCCAGUUCGGUGUUGACAUAUUUGGGGACGCGGUCGUUAAACGGGUCAAGGAUAUCGAGCUACUCGCUCGCAAAUGGCAGAAAGAGGCCAGAGGAUACCGUGAUAAGUACCAUCGCAUGCAAAGCGAAGCUCAGGAAAAGAUUGCCUUUCGAUCUUUCAAGGAUGGAGAUCUGGCUCUCUUCCUGCCGACUAGAAACCAGGCCAUUCGAUCCUGGGCUGCGUUCAACGUCGGGGCGCCGCACUAUUUCCUGCGCGAACAGGAUGCCCAUAAACUCCAGGCCCGAGACUGGCUUCUUGCUCGGAUUACCAAGAUUGAGGAGAGAGUUGUAGAUCUUUCCAAGUCAAUGAACGGUGCCAAUCCCGACCGUCGAUCAAUUGGAGAGGCCAGCGACGGUACUUCUUUCGACGACGAGAAUCCAUUCGAAUUAUCCGAUGGUCUCCGAUGGUAUCUCUUAGAUGCCACAGAAGAAAAGCCCGGCGCCCCGGCCACCCCAGGGCUAGGCAAAAGCACUGUUGCACCCGCCCACGUCGACGCCAGAGGCAGCAUUCGAUUGAAACGUACCACGGCUGGGGGUAACAUCGCGAAAACACUCUCGAAGAGUCUGGACAGCCGGCGGAACAGUUCGAACUCCAAGAAAGGGCCACCGGGAACGCCAUCCCAGCGGCCCAACAAUGACUCCACGACGGAUUUGACUCGAGCCCCUGAGCCGGAUACAACUACAGCCACGGCUGCUGGCUCGCAGGCCGCUCCUGAAUUCGACGAGGUUCGCCGCGAACUGCGUCAGGGCCCGGCUUGGAACGAAGAACUCGUGGGGUUUCCUCGCAUCAGCGAUCCCAGCGACAACCAGGGGGCACUCAGUCUCUCACUGCCUCCCGCUUCGAGGAACCCAGCACUGCUCCGUCGCGAUCGAUCUCCAGCCCGCGCCCAACUUCUCGGUAUCGCCCCUGGGAGAAGCUCUGGUCUGUAG